AUGGCGGGAUGUGGAGGUCAUCAUGGUCAUAGUCAUUGUGAUCAUCAACAUGACGACCCWGCGGAAAGAGGCAGUCAGUUUAGCUUAUAUCAAAAGAUUGAUCUAGAAAAGCUGCAGUGUUUGAAUGAAGCUGAAGAAGAUACAGGCAAAAAUGUCUUCAAACCAUGGGAACAAAGACUGGACUUGGAAAAGUUUGUCGAAAGUGAUGUCGAUGAAGAGCUCCUGUUCAAUAUUCCAUUUACGGGUCAAGUAAAGCUAAAAGCUUUUGUUGUGAUUGGAGGUGAAGAAGGUCAACAUCCCUCGGAAGUUAAACUGUUCAAAAAUCGKCCCUUUAUGACUUUUGAUGAYGCWAAAGYUGAACCAGAUCAGAGCUUUGAACUUCAUGAAGACAAGGAUGGAAUACUCGAAUACACGACCAAAAUAGCACGCUUUUCAAGCGUUCAUCAUUUGUCUAUGUACUUUCCAAAGAAUUUCGGUGCCGAAACGUCCAAGAUAUAUUUUAUUGGACUUAAAGGAGAUUUUCAAGAAGCUCACAGACACGAGGUGACUUUGUGCACAUAUGAAGCUAGAGCAAAUCCGGCUGACCACAAAACCAAUGCCAUGGACAGUGUUAACCAUAUGAUUCAUUGACGUUUAAGACUCCUUAAUACUGGAUCAAAGCUUACAGUCAAACUGCUUGAAUAUAGAAGAUUACAUACGACUAUUAUAAACAGAUUUGUCGUUUAAAUUCAAAUUCUUUACUAAUAUAUAACACAAAAAAUUCAAUAAAGUUGUUAUUU